AUGAAAACUGCCAGCGAAACAAACUUAUUCCUGUCAAUUGUCAUGAAGUGUCCCAUAUCUACUCCAACACCAAUGACUGUCACAAUCUAUCACACCUCUUCUUCUCCAGAAGCAGCAUCAAAUAAGAAAGAAUUACCUCGCGAAAGCAUUGGCUAGAUAAAUUAUAGGUACGAACAAGUACAUCUGUCCUCCAUGCGUAUGCCCUGAUAAUAUAAGAUCAAGUUUCUCGCUUACAAGCGGAUGACUGAGCAUUAAUUUAGCAGCAUUAGGUUGAUGAGCAAGCAUAAUGGUAGUGUCGUUCAGCGCGCAACCUGAUACAGCACGUUCCGGUUGCAUGGCAUGACCAGGAAAAUGGACUUUGGCUGCGUACAAAUCAUCAGCACCGGCGAUACAAAAAUGGUCUCCUUUCUUGGUCACAAAUCGUUUGUAGGAAUUAUGAAGUACAGUUAUAUUACAGUUUUCCAGAAACGCAAACCAUUCUUCUACAUUCCCGUGCAUAUACUCGUGAUUGCCUUUAAAAAAAGUUUCUUUCAGUGA